AUGAUGAAUCUUCUUAAACUGAAGCGAGGGAAGACGUCCACAACGGUCGAAGAGCCAAUUCUCACUGCGGAGGACGAAGACUUCCUCCAGCGAAUUACAACAGAUGGCGAACCAUCAGAGCACCCGCCGCCCUUACCUGCUCGCCCCGGCAGUAUUCUUGAAGCAGGGAAUCCAGAAGGAAACAAUCUACAAGUUGCUUUACUUGAGAACCCAGAUCACAUUCCUUUACCUGAAACGCGUGAGACUAUAGCUCAAGAUAAGCCACAUAAGACUGCCGAUGGGGAAGCGUUUACGCGUGAAGAUGGGGGAAGGAAGGUCAAGAAAUCUAAAUGGAGCUGGAAGAGGAGAGACAGCAGAGACGCAAAGCUUCAGAAAACCGCGACCGAUUUGCUGAGUGCUGCAGAGCAUACAAAGUCGGCGAACGCGACAUCAACUGAAAGGCCGACUUCCAAUUCUGAAGCACAAGAGGAGGAGUCAGAAAUGGCCGACGUUUUAGAGCAGCUUAAUCUGGCUGCCGUUGACAACCGCGUGUUUUCACUUAGUAAAGAAUCCAGAGAAUUGCUUUCCAAAUUUACCUUCGUGUUGAAGGACUUGGUCAAUGGAGUCCCAACCGCGUACGGCGAUCUUGAGUCUCUUUUGACCAACAGUGAAGAUCAGCUUCAAAGAUCCUAUAAACACCUUCCACCUUGGAUCCAGAAGCUAGUCGAGCAACUUCCAUCAAAGAUGACCAAAUCGAUCACUCCAGAACUGCUUGCCGCAGCCGCCGAAAAGGCUGGUGCGGAGAAAACCGGCGUCAAGGUGGCUAUCCCAAGCCUCAAGGAUCUUGUUACGAAACCAGGGGUCGUCGUAACAAUGUUGAAAGCAAUUAUGAAUUUCUUGAAGUUGAGGUUCCCAGCCUUCCUCGGUAUGAACGUGCUUUAUUCGCUGGCUCUUUUCGCAAAAGACGCUAGGCAUGCCAACACGCCACACGAGGCGAAACUUGCACUCAAUGUGAUCAUUGAGAAGGUAAAGGUCACGUUGCGCUACUCUUUUGCCGAUCAUGCAGAAAAGUGGUCACCAAGCCUAGGAUUGUCGCUGUAUAGUAAUGCACCCAGUGUAUUAUGA